AGGGCCUCAGUUGCCAAGUGGCUGGUAGUAUCUGUCAGCUGUUUGCACACUGUUUACUCAUAGGGGAUCUAUUACAAGUGCUCAAAUGAACCGGCCGCUUAGAAACUAGCAGCUUCCUGGGAGCUGCAAUUCCAUAAGCAUAUAUUUUUAAUAUAAUAAUAAUUAAAAAACAAGUAGCCGCGGUAUGCCUGGAUCCGCUACAGCUAUCCGACAAGAGAGACUGAAGAAGACCAGUGCAAGGCCAAUUCCCCUUGGUCUAUUCACCAUUAACGAGGAAGAUGAACAGCAAAAGAAUGGAAAUUCCAGAAGACCAAAAGCGCCUGAAAGCUACAAAGUGCAAGAUAAGAAAAUUGCUGCCUCCAGCCGGCCCUCUGCUAUUUCAGGACAAAAUAGCAACUACUCAGGAAAUAAGCCAGACCCUCCUCCCGUGCUUCGGGUGGACGACCGGCAGCGACUGGCCAGGGAGCGACGUGAGGAGCGCGAAAAGCAGCUAGCUGCAAGAGAAAUAAUCUGGUUAGAACGGGAAGAGCGAGCCCGGCUGCACUAUGAAAAGCAUCUGGAAGAGCGGAAGAAGAAACUGGAAGAACAGAGGCUGAAGGAGGAGCGGAGGAGGGCUGCUGUGGAGGAAAAACGGAGGCAGAGGCUGGAGGAGGACAAAGAACGCCAUGAAGCUGUUGUACGACGGACGAUGGAAAGGAGUCAGAAGCCAAAACAGAAGCAUAACCGGUGGUCAUGGGGAGGCCCUCUCCAUGGGAGCCCCAGCAUCCACAGUGCAGAUCCAGACAGGCGGUCAGUUUCCACCAUGAAUCUUUCGAAACAUGUUGAUCCCGUCAUUAGCAAGCGGCUCUCCUCUUCAUCUGCAACUUUACUAAAUUCUCCAGAUAGAGCUCGCCGCCUGCAGCUCAGCCCAUGGGAGAGCAGCGUUGUUAACAGACUGCUGACGCCCACACAUUCGUUCCUGGCCAGAAGUAAAAGCACAGCAGCCUUGUCUGGAGAUACAGCAUCUUGCAGCCCCAUCAACAUCAUGCCCUCCAAAGCUGCACACUCUAGAAAUCUGAUGGAUCGGCCAAAAUUCUUGGUAACGCCACCGGAGGGCUCGGCGCGAAGAAGGACGGCUCACGGCACCGCGGGCUAUAAAAGAGAGAGGGACAGAGAAAACCUACCGUUCCAUCCCACGUCUGGCAUUCGGAGAGCGCUAUCUCCUUCUCAUCCCAAAGCAAGAUCACCAGCUCCCUCCCGACUUUGGCUGCCAUCCAGAUCCUUUCCUCAUCUGCCUGGCACACCCAGGCCAACCUCCUCCUUGCCUCUCGGAUCAGUCAAAGAUGCCCCUGCUCAGGUCCGGCCCCCAUCCCCUGGCAACAUCCGUCCUGUCAAGAGAGAAGUCAGAGUGGAACCUGAGAGGAAAGACCCCGAGAAGGAACCCCAGAAUGUUGCCAAUGAGCCAUCACUUAAGGGCAGAACACCUUUAGUGAAGGUGGAAGAAGCCACAGUUGAAGAGGGGACACCUGCCGAGCCGGAGGCUGCUCCUGCUGCUUCAGCCCCAGCCCCAGCAUCGGCCCCCGCUCCAGCGCCGGUCCCAGCCCCAGCGUCAGCCCCAGCCCCAGGCCCAGCGUCAGCCCCAGCCUCGCCAUACACUGUGACUGCCGCCGCUUCUCCCAAGACCUCCGCAGGCACCACCGACCCAGAAGAGGCCACGAGGCUGCUAGCUGAGAAGAGGCGGCUGGCCCGAGAGCAGAGAGAGAAGGAGGAAAGAGAGAAGAGGGAGAAGGAAGAGCUGGGAAGACAAAAGAGAGAGGAGCUGGCGCAGAAGGUGGCGGAGGAGCGGGCUCGGCGGGAGGAGGAAUCCCGCCGGCUGGAGGCUGAGCAGGCCCGGGAGAGGGAAGAGCAGCUGCGGCGGCAGGCGGAGGAGCGGGAGCGGCGCGAGCGCGAGGACCAGGAGCGCGCCCAGAAGCAGAAGGAAGAAGAAGCUCGCCUUCGUGAGGAAGCCGAGAGGGUUCGGCAGGAGCGAGAGAAGCAUUUCCAGAGAGAAGAGCAGGAGCGCCUGGAAAGGAAAAAGCGACUCGAGGAGAUUAUGAAAAGAACCAGGAGAACAGAAGCUACAGAUAAGAAACCUGUUGAUCAGAGAAAUGGAGAUAUAACCAAGGGAGCUCUCCCUGAAGGACCAGUGGUAUCUGCACUUCCAUGUAUGACAAACUCUCCAGGAAAUGGAGAACCAAUGAGCAGCCCACAUGCGGUCACCUCACACCAAGCGACAGUGACUGUGGAGAGUACUCCCAAUUUGGAAAAACAACCAAGUGAAAAUGGAGUAUCUGUUCAGAAUGAAAAUUUCGAGGAAAUUAUAAACUUACCCAUUGGAUCUAAACCAUCCAGAUUAGAUGUCGCCAAUAGCGAGAGCCCAGAAAUUCCUUUGAAUCCAAUUCUGGCCUUUGAUGAUGAAGGGACACUUGGGCCCCUGCCUCAGGUAGAUGGUGUUCAAACACAACAGACAGCAGAAGUUAUAUGAGCAUUUCUUCUGAAGAACCAAAGCAGAAAUUUAAAAAGAAUUUCUACAAUUAAUGGAAUUCCUUCCAUGCUAUAAAGGAGCAUCCCCCUCGUCCAGUUUUCUAAAGAUUUCUUGGCCAUCAUUUUGAAAAGACUUUAUUAAAACCAGCUAAAGACAACAGACUGGAUAGCUUUUCUAAUAAUUUUCGCCAAUAGAGAAAAAAAUGUUCCUUGUUCUUCAGUACUUUAAAACAGCUUUUUCCAGUGUGCUCCUUCUUAGCAAAUCAAUAUUUUUCUGCAUUCUCUAAAAGAUGAGAUCAUUUGGCUAUUAAAAAAAAAAUGGGCUGACUAGGCAUGAUUUUUCAUAUAAAUGUGUUGGUCUUUAAAAGCUAACAUAAAAUUGGCACAAAAAAUUUACCUUUUACAAUGUAAUACUUGAAAAAUAAGUACCUCUUUGUUCUACAAGUAGAGUGACUAGGAGAGGUGUUUAAAUUAAGCCUGUUUAAAUAUUACUGCAAAGAGUUCUAUUUGUAGAAGCAAACUGUAGGCAGAUUACCAGGUUCUUGUAAAUGCAAUUUGUACAUGGACAUUCUGCAAACCCAGCUGUCACAUUCUUGCAUCUCUUUUUGCAAAAACAUACUAAACAGUUUUAAAAUGUGAAAAAGAAACAUUAUUUUUUCAGAGCAAGGAAAUAGACUGUCCUCUUAAAUAAUGUAUUUAUAAAGUUUUUCCAGAUAAACUAAUCAAAUAAAUUAGAACAACGUGACAACAUUGCAAACUUUGAUUUACUGGAUGCAUUCCUUAUGUUACCAUGAGAGAAUGUUCGUGAUGAUUCAGGGCUAUUUCUGACGUCUGUACAUUGCUGCUGUCCCCAGUGAUGGUGGGACUUACCUUUGCCUUACCUGAUCACAAAUUAUGUGGGUGGGGGGGGGAGUAAAGAUUUACUAUUUCUUUAAAUAAAAAAAGAAUUUGGUUUUGCUCGUUUAAGAGCAAAGAAGACCUGAUGGAAUGUUGACUGUGUUUGGCACACAGAGCACCGUGCAGGACCCCUUCACAAACCUCCUCCUUCUGCGUGGCACCCAUCAGCUCUGACUUUUCACUCUUCACUUUUACUGCUGAGCUUAGCUGUGCAAACUUGCACUUUCAUUUGCUAAUAUAAUUCAAUUUUAUUUUACCAUUUUAGAAACUACUAAUAACUAAAUAUUAAAGGAGAGGGGGCUCUGAAGGAACACUUUUUUUGUGUGUGUGGAGUGUUUGGAAAGGUAAACGUGUAGCAGUAUAAUAUGUUGGUUUUAUUAAGAGGGAUUGGUUAAUCUAUAUUGAAUGAGAAACUUCAUUUAUUAAAAUCCAAGCUAUAGUAACAGCUGUAAUUUGUGAAAACAUUAAUUUGGGGCUUUUCCCUAUUCUCAGUUGUCCAUGUACGCAUAGUCAUAUUAAAAAAAAAUCUGUUCAACAAAGUUGUUUUAUUUGUUUAAGUCGAUCUAGCACAAAACACCAAAUAAAAAUGUGUUUGACAUAGUUUUACUUUUAGGUUUCUCAUAUGUUACAACUUUACUCCGAUUGAGUCUUGAGUUUUCAAAUUGCCCUUCAUUCAAUCUCAGUAACAUUUCCCCAGCUUCCUCUGAACGGAAAUAUAGAAUAGGUUUAUUUAGAACAAUAGUUCUAUUUUGGCUAGGUUUUCUUGGUUUCAUUUAUAUUUGUGAAUUUGAGCCAUCAUUAACAGACUGAAAGCCUUCUAAGUAAUCAAGUUUUAAUUAAAAGUGAUAAAAAGUUAACUAUAUUUUAUUUUUUUAAGAUUUUAUUUAUUUCAGAGAGAGCAUGAGAGAACAUGAGCAGGGAGAGGGGUUAGAGACAGGGAGAAGCAGACUCCCUGCUGAGCAGGGAGCAGGACAAGAGGCUUGAUCCCAGGACCCUGGGAUCAUGACCUGAGCCAAAGGCAGAUGCUUAACCGACUGAGCCACCCAGGCACACGUAAAAUUAACUAUAUUUUAAAAACAACAUUACCAGAGGAUGACCUGGACCUUUACAAUGGCUUGAUUGCUUUCUCUCCAGCUCCUAAAUGUCAGUAUUCACCCCGCUGAUCAUAAAGAGAUCUUUAGUAGGUACUACAUCAAGGGCAGUGCUCAGGGAUCAGAUAUGAUCCUCAGCAUGGAAUGAGGGUGGAUGGGCUUUUAGUUUCUUUGUCACACCAUUGUAGACUGUCUAGGCCAAUGCAGUCACCAAUCACCAGUUCAUUUGAUAGAAGAGUGGCCCGCUUUUCCUGGAAGGGGUAAGGUCAUAUGUCUCCUCUUGCCUAACCGCGUUCCCUGGUGGUAUAUUACCAUAAAAGCAAAUCUAAAACAGAGUUCUUGCACGUGAACAUGUUUAUGCUUAUUAGCAAGCAGGGCCUUUCGCAAGCUUGGAUAAUUCCUUCUCUGCUCAUAAUCCCACAGACACCUCGACCAAAAGAUUCAUAGUAAAGCAGAAGCAGUAAUACUAUGAAGGCAGAAGUAACCCGAUUGAAACAGGCAAUGCAAUCUUAAAUGUCUGGGGGUGGGGGAAGGAUGGCACAGGAGCAAACAGCUCUAGAGCUGAAGUACUAAUCAAAAGUCUUAAACUUGCAGGAUCUGCCAUAUUCUUAUACCUUGUUUGAUGUAUUUUGCCUCUAUCUUUCUAGGCAACCACUUACCUUUCAAGUUCCAUUCACUAAUAAAUUACUAACCUCCCUUAUGCUGAUUAACACUGGUGUAGGUUUAGAUGACAAUAUUUAAAGCACCCAGCCACCAGAUUGGAGUCCUUCGAAUGCUAUCUGACCUAGCCCCAGGGUAAGACUAAAGUUACAUGGACAUGUACAUCACAAAGUUGAUACUAAAGCAUUUUGGAGUUAAAUUAUUGCAUAUUAAAAUAUAACAGACACCAAUAAAUUCUCCCAUCUUUUGCAUUUUUUUAAAGAUUUUAUUGAGAGAGAGAGAGCACAAGCUGGGGGGGGGCAGAAGGACAAGCAGACUCCCCACUAAGCACAGAGCCAGAUGUGGGGCUAGAUCCUAGGACCCUGAGAUCAUGACCUGAACCAAAGUCCACUGCUUCACCAAGUGAACCACCCAGGUGCCUCUUGCAUUUUCUUGAUGGAUGGAAAUUUGACUCUUGGCCUACAUUCGAUUGUGCAUAGAACAUGAAAAGGCAUGAUGAGACGGCUAUCGGAUCAAGUUACAAAAAGCAAUUAAAAAACUUCUAAAGAUGCUCUUUGAAAAAAUUUCAUGCCCCCCACCUAAUUCCCCACCCAAUUCCUGUUUUUACUCAGCAGACACCUAAGCCCGCUCAGAAGUACUCAAGAUUGUCAUUUUGUUACAUCCUUUGGUACCUCAUUAGUUUGGGGGAGAAACUCCAAAGACCUUGCAAGAAGAGACAGAAAAGGAUCAGCAUGUGAACAGAAGGUGCAAUUUUAAAUUACUACAAAUAAAAUAUUUCAUUAGUAACUAUUCCCUUGGUGACUAUUACUUGGGUUUUUAUGUUGAGUACAAUUUUAGAAGUCAAAAGUACUUUUAGUAAUUAAUGCCAAGAUUGGUAACAUUCAAAAGAGAAAAACAUUUUGAUUCC